GAUCCGUCCAAGUUAGUGGGCCGCAGCCGAUAAAAUUAACCUUGACUCAGGCUCGAUUGCUAUUACAGUCAAUAGGCGUCGAACGAUUCUUUACAGGCUUCUUCUGACUUAGCAUCAUAGCAAGAGUGCCAUUGAUUGAUGGUCCGCAGUCGACUCACUGCUGAACGCCAUUCUGCCCCUCAUCCUAAUACACCCCUCCUGAAUCCGUGACACUAUCCACCGAGAAUGGCCUCUUAUAUGACCGCCAGCGAGGCAUUCGCUCGCGAGAAACUCGCCCCAAAUGUCGAGGUAUCCACAAGUCAGACUGCCUGGGCUGACAAGUAUAGAGGGGCUACUGUUGAAGAUCUAGACCCCCCUCCGGCGCUCUCCGUCUCUCCCAGCGAUUCUAUUGCCUCCGCCAUGCUCGCAGCAUAUGAGCGCGAUUAUACCCACCUGACAGUCAUCUCAUCGAAUCGGUCUUUACUCGGAUACCUCAGCAUACCGCGACUCAAGGAGUUGCUCAACCAAGGCAACGUCAAGGAAACGGACCCUGUCUCAACUGCCAUGCAGCGCUUUAACCGCAAGCGUGGCACAUAUCAGGUCAUCACAAUGGAGACGCCGUUAGAGGAGCUAGAGCAGUUCUUCGAGAGUGAAACGGGACCCAACGGAGAAAGGAGAGAAAAGCAGCAGUUUGCCGUGGUCACUGAUGCGUCCCGGAAGUUUGUACUCGGGGUUGCAACCAAGGCUGAUUUGGAGGAAUUCGUCAAGCGACGACCUGCAUAGAUACCAACAGUUGUUUAAUUUGCGUUUCUUUUGAACACUACUUCUUGACUUUAUCACAUACCACGGGUCUUGUUCGUGCAUCUGCAGGCGUCAGUGGCCAUUUGAUUUGAGUCUUGGACAUCUUGUGAGGACGACAAAGUGCAUGCGACACACAUAGUGUGUGGCGAUCGUCGCAUGCUUGACCAUGAAACAUAAUGGAUUGAACAGUGCUAUUUCAACAAAUAUCGAACAGAAUUGCUUCGGAGCUUUUCAACACACAGCGUCCACUACUUUGCCAGUCGAAAUCAUAACAUAUCAAUACACAUAUAGGUAUAUCGAGAAACGGAAUAAAGCAUCUGAAACUAAUCUGCA